GGGGCCACGGGGAGGGUGGUCUUCGGACUACGUGCGGGACAGGAGGUCAGGGCUGGCACGUCCCUCAGGCCUCUCUCGUUGCCCCAGCCUCGCGGGCCGCCUAACUGCCCCGUUCCAAGGGUGCCACCGGACCCCGCUGGAGAGGAACUUUUCCGUUGGCUGGAUUUAAUCACCACUCAUUCCCGGUUCCACGUUUCCUUUAAGCGGGGCUGGCGGAGCCGCAAGGCGGCAAGGAACUGGAUUGCGAUUGGUCAGCACGUGUCUCGGUCGGUGGUACAAUUGGCUGAGGCGCUGGACCUUGGGAAGCAUUCCCCGACGGGAUUGGUCGUCGCUCUCGCAGAGCCCGCCUCCCGCAGUACAAGCGGCCACCGGGUCGGGUGGGAGGAGGGGACUCUGGGACGAGGAACAUGGCGGCGGCGGACCUCGCUCACAUUCCUGAUGUGGACAUCGACUCCGACGGCGUUUUCAAGUAUGUGCUGAUCCGAGUCCACUCGGCUUCCCGCUCCGGGGCUCCGGCUGCAGAGAGCAAGGAGAUCGUGCGCGGCUACAAGUGGGCUGAGUAUCACGCGGACAUCUACGACAAAGUGUCGGGCGACAUGCAGAAGCAGGGCUGUGACUGUGAGUGUCUGGGCGGCGGGCGCAUCUCCCACCAGAGUCAGGACAAGAAGAUUCACGUGUACGGCUACUCCAUGAUGAGACCCACGUGCGUCCCUCUGGGCGCCUCAGGCCCCAGGAUCCACCAUCAAGGCCUAUGGUCCUGCCCAGCACGCCAUUUCAACUGAGAAAAUCAAAGCCAAGUACCCCGACUACGAGGUCACCUGGGCUAAUGACGGCUACUGAGUACUCCCAGCCCGGGGCGUGCUGCCUCCGGCCGCCACUUCAAAGCCCCCGCCUUUGCCUGCGCUCCUCCUGCGGGGCUGGCCCUGCCUGCUCCUGCGGCAGUCCCUGGUGACAUGCUGUCCACCAGGCCUUGGAGACAGGCUAGCCUGACCACAGAAUUAAACGUGUUGCCACACCUGCCA